AUGGGUCCACACUCGUGUUUUCUAGUGGGGAUUUUGUGGAUUUUUGCCAUAAAUCCCCCUGAUGUACAUGGGUUAAAUGCCGACGAGGACCAGUCUCAAGAUAUGGAGUGCAAAAUGAAAAGCGUCACAGUCUCUGCGUUGCCGUUUUUGAGAGAAAACGACCUGAGCAUCAUGCACAGUCCGUCGGCCUCCGAGCCGAAGCUUCUCUUCUCCGUCAGGAAUGAUUUUCCGGGCGAGAUUGUGGUUGUUGACGACCUAGAAAACACCGAACUUCCAUUCUUUGUGCUGGAAAUUUCCGGAAACUCUGAGGACAUUCCUUUGGUGCGCUGGAGGCAGCAGUGGUUGGAGAAUGGUACGUUGCUUUUCCACAUCCACCAUCAGGAUGGGAGUCCCAACCUGCCUGGCCUGGCUGCCACAGACUACCCUGCCAGUGACUCAGCGGAGGAGGAGCUGCGUAUCCUGCAUAUAUCCGUCAUGGGAGGGAUGAUAGCUCUGCUGCUGUCUAUCCUGUGUCUGGUGUUGAUUUUGUACACGCGGAGACGCUGGUGCAAACGUCGCAGAGUACCCCAGCCCCAGAAAAGCGCCAGCGCCGAGGCAGCCAAUGAGAUCCACUACAUCCCGUCGGUGCUGAUGGGAGGCCAGGCGAGGGAAAGCCUCCGGAACUCGCGCGGUCAGGGCCACAACUCCAGCGGCACCCUCAGCAUCCGCGAGACGCCCAUCCUGGACGGUUACGAGUACGACAUCACCGACCUGCGUCACCACCUGCAGAGGGAGUGCAUGAACGGAGGGGAGGACUUCACGAGCCAGGUCACCCGCACGCUCGAUUCGCUGCAAGGCUGCAAUGACAAGGUCAACAUGGACCUCACCCCUGGGAGUGACAAUACAAAACUGUCUCUAAUGAACAAGUACAAGGAUAACAUCAUCGCCACCAGCCCUGUUGACAGCAAUCACCAGCAAAACACGCUCCUCCUACACAACACCUCCACCAAUCAGCGCAAGCGCCUGUCCAGCAAAACGCGUGCGGGUUCAACAUUCUUGAACCCGGAUGGAGAUUCAGGGACAGAGGCCGACAGUGACCCCCAGCUGACCUAUUACACCGACCCGAACCGCAGCCGUCGACGCGGCCGAGGUAUGAGAAACGGUAACGCCAACACAGCCUGGGGCUCCGGGGGAUCCCCACGUAGCCCGAUCAAUAAGACCACCCUUACUUUGAUCAGCGUGGUCAGCUGUGUGAUCGGCCUGGUCUGCUCUUCUCAUCUCUCCUGCAGCCUAAAUGUCCGAGUCACACUCCACGUUCCUGAGCAUCUCAUCGCUGAUGGGUCUAGGUUCAUUUUGCUCCAGGGUAGCCAGCUGGAUGCUUCUGAUUGGCUGAAUCCGGCACAGGUGCUGCUGUAUUACCAACAGAACGCCAGCGGCCCAUGGGUCAACGAGUUGUGUGGCCGACGCCUGCUGGACCCCUGUGAGCAUCAGUGUGACCCAGAUACAGGAGAAUGCCUGUGUUUUGAUGGGUAUAUGAAGGAUCCAGUUCACAAACACCUCUGUAUUCGAAACGAGUGGGGUCCAAAUCAAGGCCCUUGGCCGUACACCAUUUUUCAACGUGGCUUCGAUUUGGUGAUGGGAGAACAACCAUCAGAUCGCAUCUUCAGGUUCACGUACACACUUGGAGAAGGCAUGUGGCUGCCACUGAGCAAAAGCUUCGUCAUCCCGCCGGCCGAACUGGCAAUCAACCCCUCCGCAAAGUGCAAGACUGAUAUGACUGUCAUGGAAGAUGCUGUCGAUGUCAGGGAAGAGCUGAUGAUAUCAUCAUCAUUUGAUAGCUUGGAGGUUCUGUUGGACUCAUUCGGCCCUGUGAGGGACUGCUCAAAGGACAACGGCGGAUGUAGCCGAAACUUCAGAUGCAUCUCAGAUCGCAAGCUGGACUCCAGCGGCUGUGUGUGCCCUCCUGGUUUGAGCCCCAUGAAGGAUGGCACUGGUUGCUAUGACCACCACAUUGGCAUCGACUGCUCCGACGGUUUUAAUGGUGGAUGUGAACAGCUGUGUCUGCAGCAGCUGGCACCUCUAGAGGAGGACCCCACGCUUUACAACAUCCAGAUGUUCUGCGGCUGUAUCGAAGAUUAUAAGAGGGGACCAGAUGGUCGGUCCUGCCAACCAUUGUCUGAGGCAUGCACUGAGGGAGUGGACUGCGGAGACAUUGCUGACAUCCCAGCCAAUCAGACCGUGUUUGGAGACCUCUUCUACGGCUACAACAACCACACGAAAGAGAUCACAUCUGGCCAAAUCCUUAAAGCCACCUUCAGGCAGAAGAACUUUGCCAGAGGCAUCGAGCAGCAGCUUCCGGACGGAAUGGUGGUGGCAUCGGUCCCAAACGAGGUCCAGUGCCAGGAGGAGCUUUCUGACCCGGUGCCUGACCCAGAAUAUCUUACAGGAAUGGUAAAUUACAGUGAGGUUGCUGGGUACCCGCUUGUCCAACAUUGGAAGCUGAAGUCCGUCCUGUACCACGUCAAACUCAAUCAAUGGGUGCUUUCACAAGCUUUCAGUUCAGCCGUCCACUCUCUAGACGGGGCAACCUUGCGAAGCGACUUUGUGUCUAUCCUGAAGGAAUUUGGGAAUCACUUCAUCCAGGAGGCUGUCUAUGGCUUUGAGGAGUCCUGCACCAUCUGGUACCCCAACAAACAGGUCCAGAGGCAGCUGUGGCUUGAGUAUCAGGACAUCAGCAAAGGAAAUUCUCCGUCAGAUGAGUCUGAGGAGCGGGAAAAAGAACCUCGAACGCUUACUUUCCCGGCGUACAUCGCCAGCCUGCUGGACUCGGGCGCCAAGCGCAUGGCGGCGGGGGUGCGCAUGGACUGCAGCAGCCAGGGUCAGUGCCCGCUGUCCUGCCAUCUCUGCCACAUGAGCCCUGGGCCCGCACGUCCCACAGAGCCCGUCCUGCUGCACAUCACCAAGGCCACGCCCAUCUACGAGCUCGUCUCCAACAACGAGACGUACCAGGCGCUGCAGGAGGCUAUGAUGAGUAUGUUGUGGUGCUCAGGUAAAGGGGAUGUUAUUGAUGACUGGUGUCGCUGUGACUCCAGUGCAUUUGGACCAGAUGGACUCCCUACCUGUGCUCCACUCCCACAGCCCAUGCUACGGCUGUCCCAUGCAUAUGAGCCCAGCAGCUCGUUGGUCAUUGUAGAGUGGAAUCAUGCAGAGCCACCAAUUGGAGUGCGUAUUGUUGAUUACCUCAUCAGCCAGGAGAAAGUGACAGAGCGAACGGACCACUCCAAAGUAGAGACAGAGACCUUGUUGAGUUUUGUGGAUGAUAUCUUGUCGGGUGCUAAAUCUCCAUGUGUGAUGCUUGGAGACAUUCCUGAUCCUCUGACCUCUAUCUCAAUGAUCGUACGGUGCCUGGAGCCAGACACCACAUAUAUGUUCAGACUGUGGGCGGUUGACAACACUGGUCGUCGCUCCAGUCCCAGUGAGGUGACCAUAAAGACACCGUGCCCUGCCGUCGACGACGUUAAAGCUCAAGAGAUUGCUGAUAAGAUCUACAACCUCUUCAAUGGUUACACGAGUGGAAAAGAGCAGCAAACAGCCUACAACACACUGAUGGACUUGGGUUCUCCCACACUGCAUCGUGUCCUUUACCAUUACAACCAGCGAUACGAGAGCUUCGGGGAGUUCACUUGGCGCUGCGAAGAUGAGCUAGGGCCCAGGAAGGCCGGGCUCAUUCUCUCCCAGUUAGAUGACCUCAGCGGCUGGUGUCGCGGACUUCUGCAGGAGCCCAAAAUUGGUCUGCGAAGAGCAUCGCUCAAGCACCUGUCCUGUCGCUACACGGACACCAAGGCCUUUGGUCUCAACUGGGUUGACCUGAGCCAGGAUUUACGAAAAGCCUGCGAGGACCAGCUGCUCCCGGUGAUGUACAAUGACUAUGGGGAACCUAAAGAGCUGUGA